CAAAAAGCUCCGGUCCCGUCCGUUUAAGCCUCCGUCACGCCCCCGUCCCUCCCAACUUCUCGGCCCAUCUCCCGCCCUACUUUCUGAUUGUUUCCCCCCUUUUUAAAACUCUACGCCUUCUCUACCGGCUACAUAACUUCUUCCUCCUGUAUCCAUCUCGAUCCCUUGCAUUUAAAGCUUAGCAUUUCAGCCAUGGCGGCGCUCCCGAUCAUCUCCCUUGCUCUCGUCCUUCUCUUCUCGGCCAAUUUCGUUCGAAGCGAUGCGGAUUCGUCUGAAUUUUGGCCGGUCGACUCAGUUUCACCGACUCCUGCUGUCGCUCUCCCUCCAGAGAGUAUCUCCCCGUCGGCAGAAAUCGCCGAUGGUUCUAUUCCUACUCCACCGCCAGAUCUGGCUCCGCCGUCGCCGUACUCGGCGAACGCGGAUCCUCUGUCCAUCCCGUUUUCUCCGUCCAUGUCCCCUGCUCCCGCGGCCGGCGCUCAGAUCGCAAGCGAUGCAACCAACGAGGGCGGCCAAUCGUCGAGCGAAGGCGGAAUGAGCGGCGGCAAGAAGGCCGGAAUAGCGGCCGGAGUGAUUUCCGGGGUAUUUGUGGCAGGGUUGGCAGGGAAGAUUUACAAAAAGCGACAGGACAAUAUCCGCCGGGCGCAUUUCGGGUUCCGUUAAGCUCGGACUUGUGCAAUCGAUCAUCAUUCAAUUCGCCGCCGGCCCGGCGCCGCCACCAUAUAUGCGCGCAUAUCUUUGAAAUUGAGACUCGCAACAAUCUCAUCUCCAUAGAUUCAGGCCAUCCACAUACCCGAAGAGGUGAUGAUGAAGCAAUUAUUUUCGAAUUCGUAUUUUUCUAUUUUUUCAAGUUUAUAAAGAUUUUACUCCCUA